AUGAAUUAUUUUUGCUUUUUAUUAGUAUCUGCAAUAGCCUAUAUCAUUCCCAAUACUUUUACCCAAAAAGACUGAGAAAUAAUUCUUUACACCUUUCAAGAACUCGCCCCAGAUCUCGAACUAAGCCAAUGCGGGAACAAAUUUUGCGUAAAAGCAGAAAGAGAUAUAUCAGCAGGGGAGCUAUUACUAGGGCUUUCCUUUAAAUAUAUUAUAUCCCCUUAUGACUAUAAUCCACUUAUUCAUAUCAACGCAACAGUUCAAGAUGCUUUAGCUCUCUAUAUCUUACACGAGAAAUUCAAUGGAAAUAGAGGGAAUUUCAUAAAUUCCUAUGUCCAUUCUUUACCAACAGAAACCUACUUACCCUUAAAUUGGACUUUACAGCAGCAUGAAUUAUACCAAAAUCUCAGCUUAAGGUGAUGGCCAGUCCAAAACUCUGAUGAAUACUUGAAAAGGUGCCAAGUUUUCACUGAAAUGUUCCAAUCUGCUAAAAGUGCAUUACCAAGCGAUCUAUUUGAAUGUGAAGCUUGGAAGUGGGCGUAUUCCAUUAAAUCCAUGAGAACUUUUAAAACCCAUAUAAGAGAGCUCCAAGCAUUUGGCAGAGGGGGGAAAUCCAAAGAAGACGGAGUUGUAAGAAUUUUUCUUCCUGGCAUCGAUUUUAUAGGAUAUGAUAAAAAAAGACUGGGAGAUUCAAGUGGGGAAUUUUUUGUGAAUUUUAAUAAAUAUCCAGAAUCAAUGAAUUUGUUUGCGAUGAGGAAUUUUUAUGAAGACUAUGAAGUUUAUAACUAUUAUGGAGCAAAAUCAAAUUUCGAUAUGAUGAAUGAAUUAGGUGUUGUUUUUGAGAGAAAUCCAAAUGAUAUUUUUGUGAUCAGCAUAAAUAGCACUGAAAAUUGUUUAGGGAGUAAUUCUGACAAUGCCUGUCAUUAUCAGCUUGGUGUAAAAGAAAUAAAUUGGAACUUAUUUAUGUAUUUAAUUAGCGUCAAUGACAAGUUUAGCUCAGAUUUGAAAAAAUAUAAGUCUAUUGCAACUUAUUUUAAUAUAAAGACUGAGUAUGCUGAGUUUCCAAAAGAAGAUGAAGAGACUAUACUAAGUUUUGAAAAAGCUAUGAAAACAUACCAUUUGAUUUUAAGCCGAACUUAUGCCAAUUUUAAUGCUAUCAGCUGAAGGGAAUUAAGAAGAAAAUCAUCAGAAUAUACACAGCCUGCUGAAAAGCUGAUAUGGGAUUACAGUGUUUCAGAAAGAGCUUCAUUUUUUGAACAUUUAAAAAACUAUGAUAGAUCUUAUUUAUUCUAUCUAUUAGGAAGCUUAAAGUUAUUUUAA